AUGGCCACAGGACCUCUGAGAGCCAGGGAUGAGGCAUUUGUGGCAUUCAGGGAUGUGUCUGUGGACUUCACCCAGAAUGAGUGGCAGCUGUUGAGCCCUGCUCAGAGAACCCUGUACAAGGAUGUGAUGCUGGAGAACUAUAUCAAUCUGAGCUCACUUGGAAUAUCAUUUUCUAAACCAAAGCUCAUCACUCAGCUGGAGCAAGGGAUAGCACCCUGGAUAGAAGAGAGAGAAUGUAUACUGGGCCCAUGUCCAGCAGAACCAAAGCCAGAAAUCUAUCCAUGUGUUGACUGCCCUCUGGCCUUCUCCAGUCAACAGUUCCUCAGCCAACAUGUUCUACACAGACAUCACCUUACCAUUGUCUCAAUCUUAGGUAUGGAAAAUCACUCGGAACCAAAGAACCUUGGUCAAGAAGACCAGAAGCCACAACAGCAACAGCUUUCUGACCAAAGCUGCUGGGACGACAAAGCCAAAGGGCAAGUGAAAGAAGACUCCAGUUCCUCAUUUGGGAGGAUGAGUGAAACGAGGAUUGUGAAGACACUUUCUAACCCACUCCUAGAACAGCUACUAAACUCUAGGGAAGGAAAUGGGGCAGCAGAAAUAGAGCCCAACCUAGCCGAGAGGGCGAACCCUGAGGCAGCUGACAAAGCAUUGAAGGGAGUAGAAGUUUCAGGAUUUGGAGCAGCUAAUUGGGCUGAUUGUGAGAUUAGCCACAAGUCAGGCCUCCUUAUAACAACAACACACUCAGGGGAGAAGUCAUUUAUGUGCAGGGAGUUUGGGCAAGGUUCUGGCAAUAAAUCACCAUCCCCUAUUACACCCCAGAAGAUGCACUCGGGAGAGAAGCCCUUUGUGUGCAAGGAAUGUGGGAGAGGAUUUAGUUGGAAGUCAAACCUCCACCGACACCAGAGGUCACACUCAGGGGAAAAGCGUUUUGUGUGCAAUGAGUGUGGACGUCCUUUUACUGAAAAGUCAACCCUCAUUGCGCAUCAGAGGACGCACUCUGGGGAGAAGCCUUAUGUGUGCAGGGAGUGUGGGCGUGGCUUCACACAGCUGUCAAUUCUCGUGAAACACCAGAGAACACACUCAGGAGAGAAGCCCAAUGUCUGCAGGGAGUGUGGGCGAAGCUUUAUUGAGAAGUCACACCUCACUAGACACCAGAGAACACACUCAGGAGAGAAGCCCUUUGUGUGUAAGAAAUGUGGCCGCAGUUUCAGCUUCAAUUCAUAUCUUAUCAGACACCAAAGGAUACACUCAGAGGAGAAGCCUUUUGUGUGCAGUGAGUGCGGACGAGGCUUUACAGAAAAGUUAACCCUCAUUGCACACCAGAGGACACACUCCGGGGAGAAGCCGUAUGUGUGCCGGGAGUGUGGGCGAGGCUUUAUCCAGAUGUCAGUUCUCAUCAGGCAUCAGAAGAUACACUCAGCGGAGAACCCCUUUGUGUGCAGGGAGUGUGGGCAGAACUUCAGACUGAAGUCAGACCUCAUUAGACACCAGAGAAUACACUCAGGGGAGCAGCAGUUCUUGUGCUCAGAAUGUGGGCGCAGCUUUACUCGAAAGUCAGUCCUUAUCCUGCACCAGAGAACGCACUCAGGGGAGAAGCCUUAUGUGUGCAGGGAGUGUGGGCGAGGCUUUAGCUGUAAGUCAGCCUGCAUCAAACAUCAGAGGACACACUCAGGAGAGAAGCCCUUUGUGUGUGGGGAGUGUGGGCGAGGCUUCAGUGUAAAGUCAAAUCUUGUCACACACCAGAGGAUACACUCAGGGGAGAAGCCUUUUGUGUGCAGUGAGUGUGGGCGAGGCUUUACAGAAAAGUUAACCCUCAUUGUGCACCAAAGGACACACUCCGGGGAGAAGCCUUACAUGUGCCGGGAGUGCGGGCGAUGCUUUAGGCAGCUGUCAAUCCUCACAAGACACCAGAGGACACACUCGGGGGAGAAGCCCUUUGUGUGCAGGGAGUGUGGGCGAGGCUUCAGUGUAAAGUCAAAUCUUGUCACACACCAGAGGACACACUCAGAAAUUUUAUGUUUUGGGAAUGUUGGUGAGGCUUUAGAUGAACAUGACCGCACACCUCAAGAGGCAGGAGAUGUCAACAGAGCUAUUAAUGGCUUUUAUAAUGCACUAGACCUCCAGAUGCUGGUGAACAUGUGGGGAAGCCACAAGAAGAUCAACUAUACUGGCUGCGUGGACCAGUAUUGGUUGGCCUUGGCAGUUGGCUCCACUGAGUGUGUGCUCCUUGCAGUAAUGGCAGUAGACAGCUAUGUUGCAGUGUACUGGCCUCUGUGCUAUGCCUCAUUCAUGCACCCCAGGCUGUGUCACCUCCUUACAGCAGCUUCCUGGUCCUCAGACUUUGCCAACUCCUUUCUACAGUCCUCAAUGGCCAUGGUGGCGCCUAAAUGUGGAAAUCAAUGUGUAGAGCAUUUCUUCUGUGAGGUGCUGAUCAUUGUUAAAUUUUCUUGCGUGGAUACUGGGCCAACAGAGUCCAAAAAGUUUAUCGCCAGACUAAUCAUUCUAGGGAUGCCAGUCUCCAUCAUCCUGAUGUCUUAUGUGUGCAUUGGCAGAGCAGAAGUGAAAACGCGUUCCUCAGAGGGAAGAAAAAAGGCCUUUGGGACUUGUGCCUCCCACCUGAUGGUGGUUUCAAUCUUUUAUGGGACAAUUUUGUUUUUGUAUCUGCAGCCAAGGGACAACUACUCCCAGGACCAGAGCAAAGCACUUGCAGUGCUCUACAUGAUUCUUGCACCUACCCUCAACCCCCUGAUCUAUAUGAGGAACAAGGAUGUGAAGAAAGUAGUCAGGAAUGUGAUGGAGAAGGAGCAGGUAUAG